AUGCUUUUGGUUAUCUCUUUGGUGCUGGUUUUUAUGAUUGUUACAUCAAUAUUGGAACCUGAUGUAGCCAAGAAUAGUGGUCUAUACAGUCAAAUGUCGGAUGGUCAUCAUUACUUUGUACUUAGCUUUUGGUCAGACGAAGAUCAUGGUGUAUUGAUCUUUGUUUGUUUACGGGCAAUGGACUUGGUCGAGGAUGAUCAGUUUCUAGAGUCGUUUAUGAAUCUAGUGACUGAAUUUUGUGCUCAAGUAGGUGGAGGGCAAAAUGCAACACCCAACUGUUAUGAUGACAUUGGGUUUACUGGUGGUACAAAACAUUCGAUGGUGCAGCCAAGUUAUAUCCAAAGUGGAAGUCAUGAUCAUUAUCUUGGAGGUGUUAGUCCUGGUCGUACUGGUGAACGUUAUCCUUGUAGUAUAGUUAUGUAG